AUGUAUUCGAAGUCAACCACUCGAGGAGAAAGUCGUUAUAUUAAAGUCGCAUGGAGACGACAUAAAUACUUGACAAAUGCCGCUAAACUGUUAAAUUCCAAGUAUACAUUGCAAUUGCUAAUUUGGCUAUCAAUUCUUUCGUUGAAUUCAAUUUUACAAAUUUAUGAACUAUUAAAGGGUCAUUUGGAAAUUUAUAGUAAUAGUCGAGAAAUGUUUCUUGCGAUACUAUUUCUAAUUCUGUUAACAGCUAUAACUGUUGUUUGUCAUAUUACUGCUUAUGAGGCUAAUAAAUUGGGAAGAAUUUUAACUUCUCCUGAAUAUUUCGAUAAAGAUAAUUCACAAAAACUGCAGAUGAUAUUCUCAAUUGGACAAUAUUUUCUAUUUAAUCCUUUCAAUUUUUCUGCCUGUGGACUAUUUAAUGUUAAUCUUCCCUUGCUGAUGGCAAUAGCUAGUGGAAUAACUACGUAUUUAGUAAUAUUAAUGUAA